ACUGUUACUUAUUCUCAAUUGUAUUUUGUUAAUGGAAUUUAAUAUGUGGGUGAAUUUGACAUUUUUAUUUUGUCCACCAUGAAUUAUGACCUUAGAAAACAUUAAUCCCCUCUCUUAUGCUAACAACACGCUUUGAACAGUACAUUUGAUGCUAUGCCAAAAUAACAGCUCUCAGCUGAGAAUUAGGAUACUUUCAACUCAUAUGAGUAGCCAGUAUUUUCUACAACACAGUUUUGAAAUGUACACUUGUAUUGUGAUGUGAUAAAAUUAAUAGUGACUAAUGAAAUGGAUGAAAAAAUCAAAAAAGACAAUAAUUCUAAUUUAAUACAUGAUUGGUCAAUACAUGCACAUCUAAAAUUAACACAACAGCCAAAUAAUUUUCAACCAAUAACUGAGCAACCAUGUUAUGGAUUUCAAAAAGGAAAUAUUAUAUUUACUGCUCAGCCACCUCAAAGACCAGAUUCUGGACUAGGAACUUCAUCACAUGGAUCAGCUUGUGAUUACACUUUCAAUGUAACACCUCAAUGUGAGGUAUGUUGUGGAAUGAGGAGCCCCAUGUCAGCUAGAAAAGCAAACAGUUUUACAGCUCAUUUUUGUACAAAUGUUCCACCAAAAAAACAUUUAGAAACUGUAGAUGUAUCUAGUCAAACUUCACCUUCGACAUCAAUAGUCUUUACAAAGGAAAAUAAAAAAGUUCUACUCAAAAAUCAACAGUAUGAAUUAGAUAAAAACAAAAAACGUCAUGCUAGGACUGUACAUAUUGAUGUUUAUUGUACAGAAUCAUCAGAUUCGGAAGAUACAUUAACAUCUAAAUCUACAGAUACAUUACUUAAUUUAUCAGAUGUGAAAAUUAACAGCAAAAAGAAAUCAAAAAAAUCUUAUGCAGCUCGAAAUCAAUCAAAAAUGUCAAAUCAAAGUAUGUUACAGAGAAGUCCUUGUUUGUCAGCUAUAAGUUCUACAAAUACAAUAUCAAAUUCUUCUUUCUUUGAGUCAUCUAGCUGUGGCUUAUCAUCAUUUAUGGAUUCUACAACAUUAGAUAAUAGUAGUAUAACUAGUUCAGAAACCGAAAGUAUUCAACAGAAAUCAAAAUUAAAAUAUUAUGAUAAUACAACAAGUAGUUCUGAUGAUGAAUGUUCAGAGACUGCAUGGAGUUUUAACAGCAUAAGUUAUCAAAGAAAUCAAAUUUUAGCAAGACGUCCAUGGUCUGAAGUAAAAAACACAAGAGAUGAUUUAGGCAGCUUUAGUGACUGCUCACAAUCACCAAUACACCGACAACCAUCUAACUCUAAUUGUCUAACUACUCAAGUUGCUAAAAUGGCAUCAAAGUUUGGAACAAUGCGAUUAACAGUAAAACAAGAUCAUCAUGUUGGACCAUCAAAAAAUCCAGAUUGUUCAUGUUUUAAUUGUCGCAGAUAUUUUAAUACCAGGCAUCGAUCAAAUUCAAUUGGUAGUGAAGCUCAUUGAUCAUAAAUAUCAACAUUGUUCAGAAAGUGUCUUCAAUCAAUUAUUUCGGAUCACUUGUAGUUCAAACACCAAAUAAAUUGUAAUUCUUCAUAAAAUAUUUGGAAUUUUUCUCAUUUUUAUUUUAAAAAUCACAAAAAAAUGUAAAC